AUGACAGACCAACGCCUCCCAAUCCAAACUCAACACUGCCGCUUCUGCAAUCACCUCCUGCUAGCAACAACACGCAACAUAAGCACGCUCCCACGACGCGGUGGCGAAGGCAAAGAUAAAGCGUUGAUCCUACCACUUGAGCGCAAGGGCUCAUCACACGGGGAUGUGGAAGCCGAUCUCGAAGAAGAGGCCAAGGCAACAGAAACACCGUCGCGCAAAGCAAGACGUGUCGCUUACCACACGACACUCCUCCUGGCAACUACAGUUCCAGACCGGCGAGCAACGGUUAUCCGGCGCGAAGAUGGGAUUGAAAAGAGGAUUCUUAUAAGAUGUGGGCGAUGCAAGGUUGUUGUAGGGUAUUAUUUGGAUCGGGUGCAUUGGGGGUCUCCUGGGAAUCGGGGAGCGGAGCCACAAGAUGAAGAGGAGGAGGAGCGGCCGCCGGCUGUUUAUCUUCUUCCUGGGGCUAUCGUAGAGACCGAGAAGUUAGGGGGUGAGGGGGUUGGGGAGAGGGAAUGGAGAGAGUGGGCUGUUUAG